UUUGGAGGCGGAGGCGGGACGAAUCGAAAGUCUGGGAGCCAACGAAGAAGCGGGAGGCUGACCUUAGGCAGCUGCUGGGCUCGGAAACAUCCUACCCUGUUCCGCGUUUCGGAAGUGUCUAGGACCUCCCCCCCAAACCCCCGGCUCGUGCGGACAGAGACGGCAGCCCUCAGCAUGCUGCCCCGGGGACUCUUGGCUGCCUUGCUGCUGCUGCUGCUGCUGCUGCUGCCGCCCACGCCUGUGCAGCCAGUUCCUCUGGACCGGCCUGAGCCCAAGAAGGAUGAAGUGCCCCCUUCGCCUCCAGAGACCCCGGACACAGGACUGUAUUACCAUCGCUACCUACAAGAGGUGAUCCAGGUCCUGGAGACAGAUGGCCAUUUCCGAGAGAAACUACAGGCUGCCAACGCAGAAGACAUCAAGAGUGGGAAACUGAGUCAGGAGCUCGACUUUGUCAGCCACCACAUCCGCACCAAACUAGAUGAGCUCAAACGGCAGGAAGUGUCCCGCCUUCGGAUGCUGCUCAAGGCCAAGAUGGAUGCCGCCCAGGAGCCUGAGGUACAGGUGGACCACCUGAGCCUUCUGAAGCAGUUUGAACACCUGGACCCUCAGAACCAGCACACGUUUGAGGCCCGAGACCUGGAGCUGCUGAUCCAGACGGCCACCAGGGACCUGGCACAGUAUGACGCAGCCCACCACGAGGAGUUCAAACGGUAUGAGAUGCUGAAGGAACACGAGCGGAGGCGUUACCUGGACUCCCUGGGAGAGGAGCAGCGACUGGCCGAGGAGCAGCGGCUUCGGGAGCAGAAACAGAGGCACCAGCAGCACCCGAGGCUCAAUGUGCCGGGCAGCCAGGCCCAGCUGAAGGAGGUUUGGAAGGAGACCGACGGGCUGGAUCCCACUGAGUUCAACCCAAAGACCUUCUUCAGGCUCCAUGACACGAACAGCGACGGCGUCCUGGAUGAGCAGGAACUGGAGGCCCUCUUUACCAAGGAGCUGGAGAAGGUCUAUGACCCCAAGAACGAGGAUGACGACAUGCGGGAGAUGGAGGAAGAAAGGCUGAGAAUGCGGGAGCAUGUGAUGAAGACAGUGGACACAAACCAGGACCGCCUGGUGACCCUCGAGGAAUUCCUUCUGGCCACGCAGAGGAAGGAGUUUGAAGAGGCUGCCCCGAAGGGCUGGGAGACGCUGGAGGAGCACCCAGCUUACACUGAAGAGGAGCUAAGACGCUUUGAGGCAGAGUUGGCGGCCCGAGAGACUGAGCUGGCCGCCCAGGCCCAGCGGUUGAGCCAGGAGAGCCAGGCCCUGGACCGCUCCCAGGGGCUGCUGGAAGCCCAGAAGAAGGAGUUUCAGCAGGCUGUUCUUCACAUGGAGCAGAGGAAGCAGCAGGGGCCCCCAGACCCGCCUGCUCCAAGCCCUGAGGGUCGCCUCCUUUUCCAGCCUCAUCCAGAGACAGAAGCUCGAGCAGAGCCAACCGUGGAAAAGGAGGGGCCAGCCCCAGGCCCGGAUUCCCCUGUGCCUGAUGCCCAGCACUAGUGAUCCCUAAGGCCCCCCAAUAAAGACUUUCUGGGUACCACGA